AUGAAGAACAUCAUCGCUGCCAGUGCUUUCUUGGCUGCCUCCAUCUCUGGAGCUGCCGCCGAUCUCUGCAGCAAAGGCUCCGUCGACGACAAUGGCAACUGGUAUUGCCAGGCCGUCGAUGCCAUCACUUACACCGGAAUGCUGGGCAAGGGCUCCUACAACAAGAUCACUGCCAUGGAUAGCAACUCUGGCUCUUGCUCCUCCACUCCUUAUGGUUACUCCGGAUCAAUGUCCCCUCUCGAUGAGGAAGUCUCUCUCCAUUUCCGCGGUCCUCUCAAGUUGAAGCAAUUCGCUUUCUUCUCACCCAGCACCGACUCGUCCGAGCACAUGAAGGCCAAGCGUAGUGCCAUGCACCGUCACGGCCACGCUCACAAGCAUGCUCAGAAGCACAAGCGUGACGAGGAUGUUGAGAAGCGUGCCGUUGGCGAUUGGGUAACGGCAAUAAUCGACGGUCAAGCCGUUUCCUGGAUCAAUGAGUGGUCUGGUGCCGCUUCCACUGCCGCUGCCUCAGUUGUUGCUCCCACCACUUCAGCCGCUGCUGCUUCUGCCGCCAACACCGAAUCUGCCUCAGCUGGCUUCUUGCCCAAGCUCUUGAAGGUCAACGCUCCUGUCGCAUACAGCUCCAGUGCUAGCUCCAGCUCCGCUGUGGUUGCAAAGGCUAGCUCUAGCUCCUCAUCCAAAUCAUCCAAGUCAACCUCCACCACUUCUACUGGUAGCUCAGGAUCCUGGGGUCGCAAGGCUUACUACAACUCCGAGGCCGGUUCUGCAGACAAUGUCGUCUUCCUCAACCACAACGGUGGCUCCGGCUCGGGUGUCUUCGACUAUACUUUUGGCAACUCACUUUCUUACUCCAACAACAAGGGUGAUGCUGGUGCUUCCUCUCCUCAGGUUCUCGCCGACACUCAGCUUGCAUCCAACCACGAGGUCAUCAUCAUGUCCGACAAGGAGUGCGAUGGUGACUGCGGCUACUACCGUGAUGGCAACGUUGCUUACCACGGAUUCGCUGGUGCACAAAAGGCUUUCUUCUUCGAGUUCGAGAUGCCUCUGGACGGUAACACUGAUGCUGCUACCAACGGUGACAUGCCUGCCAUCUGGAUGCUCAACGCUCAGAUUCCUCGCACUCUUCAGUACGGCAAGGCCGAGUGCUCUUGCUGGACUACUGGCUGCGGUGAGUUCGAUCUCUUCGAGGUCCUUGCUCCCGGUGAUCUCCGUUGCAAGUCUACCAUCCACAGCAAUAUCAAGGGCGGCAACUCGGAUUACUUCAAGCGUCCCACUUCGGGCAGCAUGAAGGCCAUGGUUCUCAUGAACGGUGAGAACAUGCACAUCAAGGUCCUCGACAGCGACUACCAGCUCCCCACCAGCCUCGAUUCCUCCUGGGUUGGAGACCUCUGCGAGUCUGGCUUGGUUCAGAGCACCUUGAACUCUCUGUUCGCCUUGGUUUCGUAG